AUAUAGAGGGAAAAUAUAUAUUUAAUGAGUUAUAUCCUUAAAAACACUCAACCAAACCCAUUACGACAUAUCAAUCAGAUGACUUUCCGCGAUAAGACCAAUCGAGGUCUAAUAAAUCGCAUUAAAUCAAUUAUCUGCUGGCUUAUAAACCCUCUUCCUGUGGGCUCACCUGUCAUAAACAAGUUAACCACCAUGUGCAAAGUGUGGCUUCUGUACCUGUUAUUAAUCCCGGAGCUCACAAAAAGUGAUUACAAUGUGACUUUUCUAAAGGGCGUUUUAAGAGUCAUAUCUUCCCGGGAUCAGUGGACGAUUACUCCAAUUUUUAUAGGACACAACACCAACCAAUACCAGCUAAAUGAUCUGGUUAUUUGGCUUCAUGAAACAAUGGGAGUGACUACUGUAACGACGAAUUCAUUUAUCAAACCUGAAGAGCUACGACCGCUUGGCCAUAUUAAUGUGACUAGGCACAACGCUAUUAGCUUGGUCUUUUGUCCUGAAAGACAGGAUCUGGUUUGGUUUACUUUGGACAGUGGUCUGCGAAAAUUACGUCGCACUCGAGUGAUCAUCAUGCUGCGCUCUCAAAGAAGUGGUUCUUAUAGGGCUAUGUAUGCCAUAUUUAAAACACUGUGGCAUUAUCAAUUUCUAAAAGUUCUUGUUCUGCAUAAGAAUCAGAUUUACUCAUACACACCGUAUCCGUCAGUAAAAUUCUUCAAGCUGAACAUUGACUCAAAUCCCCUUUUUCCACUUGAGACGAGGAACUUUCAAGGUUAUGUGGUCUCCACCCCAGCGGAAAAUGAUAUUCCAAGGGUGUUUCAUAUUCAAGAUGCUAGUACAGGACACCCACAGAUGCGGGGAUACGCCUAUCGCGCCUUUGUGGAGUAUUUAGACCAUCAUAACGCUUCACUACAGCUGACCAACCCCGAACAGAAUCUUGACCCCACAACAAGUGUGAAUAUGAUCCGGAUUUUGCAGUUGAUAAUAGACGGAUACUUGGAAAUCUCCCUGCACCCGUACGUUAGCACACCUGCCAACGCUGUCAAAAGUUAUCCACUCUUAAUAUACCCUAAUUGUUUGAUUGUCCCCGUGCGAAAUGAGAUCCCCCGACAUAUGUAUCUACUGCGUCCAUUUCAUUUGUACAACUGGUAUAUUCUGCUUGUCGGAGUGGUAUACAUAAGCGCAGCUCUUUAUUGGAUGAGUUCAAAAACAGAAGAAACUAGCUGGGAACAGCGCUUGGGCUUAAGUUUUCUGGACGCGGUGACCAAGAUCCUGUUCAUCAGCUCUCCCAUAAGAACUUACAGACCCACCUACCGCCACUUCAUAGUUUUCUUCCUCCUUUCCAUCCUAGGAUUUAUAACCACAAGUUGGUACAACAUUCAGUUGGACAGCUUUUUCACAGCCUUGGUGGUGGGAGAACAAGUGAAUAGCAUGGAGCAACUCGUCGAGCAGCAGCAGAAGGUUCUUGUCAAGGAGUACGAAAUAAACACCCUCCUGCGCCAUGUAGAACCUCAUUUAGUGGACCAAGUGGCUCCCCUUUUGGUGAGCGUAAAUGCCAGCGAACAAGUAUUUGCCCUACUCAGUUUUAAUCGCAGCUUCGCAUAUCCAUUCACUGAAGAACGCUGGCAGUUUUUCGCCAUGCAGCAGCAGUAUGCCUUCAAGCCGAUCUUUCGCUUUUCAUCUGCCUGUCUGGGAUCGCCACAGAUUGGUUAUCCAAUGCGAAUUGACAGCCACUUGGAGCCGAGCCUCAACCGUUUCACCAUGAAAAUUCAGGAUGCGGGACUGCUUACACACUGGCUUGUUUCCGACUUCAAUGAUGCCUUGCGGGCUGGAUAUGUAAGGCUUCUUGAUAAUGUCCUGGGUUAUCAAGAUAUUAAUGUGAACACUUUGAGACUGGCCUGGUUUGUUUUGGGAAUUGGUUGGCUACUGUCCGCAUUGGUUUUCACUUGCGAGCACUGGCACCCUUGGCAACUUUAUGCUUGACUUUGUUAAUAAAUUUAUAUAAUAUCGCCUUUUG